CCAUACAUACAUACUUUUUUACUUAUUUUUUAACACUCCGCGAAACCUGUUAGUUCUCUGCUUAAUCGGCCGCAAUCGAUAAUCGGCGAUAGUCGUCAUGGAUCAAGAUCACUUGAAGAAUGCGAGAAACGCAACGCGGAGAAUUGGUCGUCUCCGGUCGCUGGGAAUCGUUACGGUUGGAGCUGCCGCCUUGGUUGCGGGCAUUACGGCGUACAAGAAGCAAGACCAGGUGUUCCGCACUUUCGUUAUGCCAGCACUGCGGCUUCUUCCGGCGGAAACCAGUCACCAACUGGCCGUGCUGGCCUGCAAGUACCGCCUGUGUCCGGUGUCCCAGUCAGAUGACCAGAAUCUGCACACCCCGUUCUUUGGCCGGAUGCUGAGCAAUCCGAUUGGAAUUGCCGCGGGAUUCGAUAAGAACGCGGAGGCAGUGGACGGCCUGCAGGAUCUGGGAUUUGGCUUCAUUGAGGUCGGCACUGUCACCCCAGCCGCCCAGGAGGGCAACCAGCCGCGGGUUUUCCGGCUGUCCGACGACAAGGCCAUUAUUAAUCGGUACGGCUUUAACAGCGAGGGUCACCAGGCGGUGCUCCAAAGGCUGCGCCUGCUCCGGAGCAAGGAGAGCUUCAACGGCGUCGUGGGCGUCAAUCUCGGCCGGAACAAGAGCACCAUGAGCCCGAUAGCGGAUUACGUACAGGGAGUGCGGGUCUUCGGACCCGUGGCGGAUUACCUGGUCAUUAAUGUGAGCAGUCCAAAUACCAAGGGCCUGCGGGACAUGCAGAGCAAGGAGAGGCUGCGGGAGCUUUUGGAGGCGGUCAACGAGACCAGAUCCACCCUGGACAAGAACAAGAAUGUGCCCAUCCUCUUGAAACUCUCGCCCGAUGUGUCCGAGGACGACAUGAAGGACAUCGUUUGGGUGAUCAAGCGCAAGAAGAGUCGCGUGGAUGGUCUGAUUGUGUCCAACACCACGGUGUCGCGGGAUCAGAUCGGGUCCAGCAAGUUGGCCGAGGAAGCAGGCGGAUUGAGUGGCCCACCACUCAAGGCCCGCUCCACGGAGAUGAUUGCCCAGAUGUACCAGUUCACCGAAGGCAAGAUACCCAUUAUUGGAGUCGGCGGCGUCGCCUCCGGCUAUGAUGCCUACGAGAAGAUCGAGGCUGGGGCCUCCUACGUCCAGGUCUACACGGCUUUGGUGUACGAGGGACCCGCUCUCGUGGACGACAUCAAGGCGGAGCUGUCGGCGCUAGUCACAAAGCUGGGUCACACCAAUGUGGCGGAAGUGGUCGGCACCAACUCCAAGUUUUACCUGCCCAAGAAAUGAAACGAAGAUGUCGAGUCCUAAAGCAAA